AUGGCUGUAGGUGGAUUAGGACAGUUAGACCAACAGUACGAUGGCUCUAAGUUGAGAGUUGGUAUUCUCCAUGCCAGAUGGAACUCUUCGAUUAUCGAUGCGCUUGUAGCUGGUGCCAAGAAGCGUAUGCUCGAAUUGGGAGUCAAGGAAGAGAACAUCAUUAUUGAAACUGUACCAGGCUCGUUUGAGUUACCUUAUGGCUCCAAGUUAUUUGUAGAAAAAUACAAGAAAUUGGGAAAGCCCUUGGAUGCUGUGAUUCCCAUUGGAGUUUUGAUCAAGGGAUCCACUAUGCACUUUGAAUAUAUUUGUGAUUCUGUUACUCACCAGUUGAUGAAAUUGAACUUCGAGUUAGAUUUGCCUGUCAUUUUCGGAGUCUUGACUUGUUUGACCGACGAACAGGCUGAGGCCAGAGCAGGCUUGAUUGAAGGCAAGAUGCACAAUCACGGAGAGGACUGGGGUGCUGCAGCCGUCGAAAUGGCCACAAAGUUCUGA